CACCCGCCUCCCGCCCCCGCCGCGCCGCGGAGCCUCCACCGGUCCCUGCGCUCACGGCCGAGCUCCGCGCACAAUAGCGGCGGCCGCGGCGGCUGCUCCCGGCUCCGGCGCCCGCCAUGGGGAAGCCGGCGAGGAAGGGAUGCGACUGCAAGCGCUUCCUGAGGAACAACUGGCUGCUGCUGUCCACCGUGGCCGCGGUGGUGCUCGGGAUCACCAUAGGAGUCUUGGUUCGAGAAUAUGGCAAGCUCUCUAGUCUGGAGAAAUUCUACUUCGCUUUUCCUGGGGAAAUCCUAAUGAGGAUGCUGAAACUCAUCAUUUUGCCAUUAAUUAUAUCCAGCAUGAUUACAGGUGUAGCUGCGCUGGAUUCCAGUGUGUCUGGGAAAAUCGGUCUGCGUGCUGUCGUCUAUUAUUUCUGUACCACCAUCAUCGCUGUAAUUCUAGGCAUCGUGCUGGUGGUGAGCAUCAAGCCUGGCGUGUCCCAGAAAGUAGACGAGAUUGACAGGACAGGCAGCAGCCCCGAAGUCAGCACGGUGGACGCCAUGUUGGAUCUGAUCAGGAAUAUGUUCCCCGAGAAUCUUGUCCAAGCCUGUUUUCAGCAGUAUAAAACCAAGCGUGAAGAAGUGAAUGCUCCCAGUGAGCCAGGGACCAACAUGACAGACACACCUGUCACAGCCAUCAUGACAACUGCCAUUUUCAAGAACAAAACAAAGGAAUACAAAGUCGUAGGCAUGUAUUCGGACGGCAUAAAUGUCCUGGGCUUGAUUGUCUUCUGCCUUGUCUUUGGACUUGUCAUUGGAAAGAUGGGAGAAAAAGGACAGAUUCUGGUGGAUUUCUUCAAUGCUCUGAGUGAUGCAACCAUGAAAAUCGUUCAGAUCAUUAUGUGCUACAUGCCACUUGGCAUUUUGUUCCUGAUUGCUGGGAAGAUCAUAGAAGUUGAAGACUGGGAAAUAUUCCGCAAGCUGGGCCUUUACAUGGCCACCGUCCUGAGUGGGCUCGCGAUCCACUCCAUUGUCAUUCUCCCACUCAUCUACUUCAUAGUCGUCCGGAAGAACCCUUUCCGAUUCGCCAUGGGAAUGGCUCAGGCUCUCCUGACGGCUCUCAUGAUCUCUUCCAGUUCAGCCACACUGCCAGUCACUUUCCGCUGUGCUGAGGAAAAGAACCAGGUGGACAAGAGGAUCACCAGGUUCGUGCUGCCCGUGGGAGCUACGAUCAACAUGGACGGGACGGCUCUCUAUGAGGCAGUGGCAGCCGUGUUCAUUGCACAGUUGAACGGCCUGGACUUGGGCAUCGGGCAGAUCAUCACAAUCAGCAUCACCGCCACCGCCGCCAGCAUCGGAGCCGCCGGCGUGCCCCAGGCCGGCCUGGUGACCAUGGUGAUCGUGCUGAGCGCUGUGGGGCUGCCCGCAGAGGACGUCACCCUCAUCAUCGCCGUCGACUGGCUCCUGGACCGGUUCAGGACCAUGGUGAACGUCCUCGGGGACGCGUUUGGGACAGGCAUCGUGGAGAAGCUGUCUAAGAAGGAGCUGGAGCAGAUGGAUGUUUCAUCUGAAGUCAACAUCGUGAACCCCUUUGCCUUGGAAUCCACAGUCCUGGAUAAUGAAGAUUCCGACACCAAGAAGUCCUACGUCAACGGAGGCUUCGCGGUGGACAAGACUGACACCAUCUCUUUCACCCAGACCUCACAGUUCUAGAAUCCCUGGCUUCACAGGACCAGGAAUGAUGAAGGACAGCUCCAAGAGAGUCAUCUCUUAGCAAAUCCAAACAUUAAAUAAGGAAGAGAAAAACACGAAUGGCCAACUGUACAUUUGAUUUGAUACACAGACUUCCAGAUUAUUUUCUAUAUUUGAAUUCACAGCUUUUGCUCUCUGGGUUCUGGGAUUUGGGGGUGGGUAACAUGAACGAAAACAGAAGAAAAGGAAAGCUGGAUUGUCUGCAAUGUAAAAAUUCUACGAGAGACAAAGUUUGGAAGAAGAUAGAGUAGUAACUGUUGGAUUAGGACAUGGACAUGGAAGGAAAAUUGCUUUCUCAUACACAGCCCAGUGUUUUGGGUUUUUAAAAAAAAAUACUCUCAUUGAUUACAACUUUUACUCAAGCUUUCUAUUGGCAUGGAUUUCCUUUGACUUCUCACAUUUUUAUAGAUUACAGUGCAUAUAAACACCCCUCCCCCAUUAAUGUGCCAAAUUGUCCAUUUUUGACUCAUCUCCAGCCAAUUUCAAAGUAACUGCUUUGAAAGAAAACAGACCAGCACAGUUCUGCUAUCAGAGUUUUAAGACGGGUGUGGGGUUUUGUGGGAAGGGUUCUUUUUUCAAUGUACUGUAUUGGGACACUGGUAACUAGUAACCCAGUGUUCGGUAUAGAGCUAGAUAGAUAUAUAUAUGUGUACAUAUUUAUUAUUUUCAUAUAAGUUGCCAGACAGAGAUCAGAAUUGAACCGUCAAUGUGAAACAAAGAGCUCUCCUCGUACUUGAACGAUAACUACGAUCUCAAUCCAGACCUGCUUUAGGGCUUCUCCAAACUCCUGUCUCAGGAGCAGGAGAAUGAAAAAUCAUGUCGUCUGACUGUUCCACGUUUGCGUAUCAGCCUCAAAGCAGACGUGUCUUACAGUGAUUCUCCAAGAUGGCAAUGCUGUUCAUCUACGACUCCCGGACUCGACUAUACUGGGAGGGAAUCCCUGUCAGCACUGCAUAAGAUGGCACACAGAGGUGUCAAUCGCGUAAGGCUGGAUGUGCUGUUAUCCAGCUGGAAGUCUCCAUUCUUCCGAGGUCAGUUAUACCCACUUAAAAAUGACAGGACUUCACCCUUUGGUACCCACGGGGCUCAAACCAUAGUGGCAAGCUCCCAGCUAAGUUGUAUUUCAAUAUGGGUUUGAUGGAUCGAACAAGUGACAUUGGGCAGAAAAAGCACCGUCCCUGCCCUGUAUUCUUGCAGAGUUCGGUCCCAUGAAAUGAGACGUGGUUAUCAGUGGUUCAGGGAAAUUCUCCCAUUAUAUGAAACUCGUCUCCUCCUCAGGGAGGUUCGUUCCAACUGCUAGUCUAGCCACCUCGGCCCUGCUCCUGACCAUCCAUUUCCUGUCAUUCUUCUGCUAAUUUGUGAAGAUAGUUGAUUAAAAAGUCUGUGCUUCGGCUCUCGCCUUGUAAAUAACGCUUAACAUAAAAACUUGUAUUUACACCGAGACCGAAAUAGUCGCGCUCCUGCAGUACCGAGCAGCCAACGGAAGCCUGUGCUCUGGUAUUUAAGAAACCAGAUGCUGUGCCAAAGGUCGUGGAAGAGUAAGUACGAGCUCAGUAUUGACCACCCGUCCCUGGGAUCUAGUGGAGAAUGAGCCUGGACUGUCAUCAUACACCAUCAAUACAGACCAGUGAUUCAACAGGAGAUUUAAAAGGCAAACACGGCUGGUGCGCAUUGGAAGUCUGUCUAAAUACUGAUGCGGCUGAAUCCCUCAUUUGUCCUGGGCUGACAGGUCUGACCACCUUGGCAGGUGGCUGGGAUCUUAGGUGAGGGAGGUGGCAGAGCUGCUGGUGACCUCAGGUCACCCUUACUUGGAGUGAGUUUGUAACCAGCCUCUUAACACACUGUGCUGUUAACCCGUAAAAGAGAACAAUGUUCCAUCCCAGUCUCAAUAAAUACUUCCGUCCUUCCUCCUG